AUGAGGAUUUUUGCUGAUGCCAUUGAUGAGCUCAUGCCGGAGCCUACUGAGGCGUUUAUUGAUGAUGACCAUGACAUUUUGAUGACUCAGAGGUCUGAUGAAGGAACUGAAGCUUCAAACAUUGGCCAGCUUGUAAGAUUAGCUGGUAUAGUCACUCGAUGCUCUGAUGUCAAACCAUUGAUGCAGGUUGCUGUGUACACCUGUGAGGAUUGUGGCUUUGAAAUCUACCAGGUAGCUCCGGGUGAUGUUGUUGAACUAUCAGGGAUUUUUCUUCCUAUACCUUAUGUUGGUUUUAGAGCAAUGCGUACUGGCCUAGUUGCUGACACAUACUUAGAGGCCAUGUCUGUUUCUCAUUUUAAGAAAAAAUAUGAAGAAUAUGAACUUAGAGGAGAUGAGGAAGAGCAGAUCAAACGUUUAGCAGAAGAUGGUGAUAUCUAUGAUAAGCUGGCAAGGUCACUAGCUCCUGAAAUUUUUGGACAUGAAGAUAUUAAGAAAGCACUGCUGCUGCUUCUUGUUGGUGCACCCCACCGGCAAUUGAAAGAUGGAAUGAAGAUUAGAGGAGAUCUACAUAUAUGUUUGAUGGGGGAUCCUGGUGUUGCCAAAAAAUUUCGUAUACCUUAG